GUCGUGGCUCCUCCGCUCACAUCCGCUUGACUCGCUAUCAGUGUUGGAAAAAGGACUUUGUGAAACUGCGGCGAUGUCAGUCCAGGUUGUGGCAGCGAAAAUGGCAGAGGUCGAACUGAAAGACGUCCCCACCGGCAAAGACCUCCCGGCUGAGUCCCCGCUGACACCGACGUCGGAGGGCAAGAGCCUCGGGAGGAAUGACCCGCACGAGGCCGGUUCCUCUGCCGCUGCGUCCCCUACAGCGGAGCCCUCAGCGAAAGCCGGGGAGGGCAGCCUGGGUUUGCUCGCCCCGAACCCCGCGAAGAUGCCGCAAGCGUCCGCUAUGAAGCGCUCGGACCCGCAGCAGAACGGCGGCGAGGCGUUCGUGAAUCGUGACGGUACCGUCGCCGAGGCCCCGCGGAUGAAAAAGCAGAUCCAGUUUGCAGACCAGAAACAGGAGUUCAACAAGCGGCCUUCCAAGAUCGGCCGGCGCUCCCUGUCUCGCUCCAUCUCCCAGUCCUCCACAGACAGCUACAGCUCAGCGGCAUCUUACACAGACAGCUCUGACGACGAGACAUCUCCUCGGGAUAAGCAGCAGAAGAACUCCAAAGGCAACGGGGACUUCUGCAUCAAAAACAUCAAACAGGCAGACUUUGGUCGCAGAGAGAUCGAGAUCGCUGAGCAAGAGAUGCCGGCUUUGAUGGCUCUGCGGAAGCGAGCCCAGGGGGAAAAGCCCCUCGCCGGUGCCAAGGUGGUGGGCUGCACCCACAUCACCGCUCAGACUGCCGUGCUGAUGGAGACUCUGUCCGCUCUGGGGGCACAGUGCAGAUGGGCAGCGUGCAACAUCUACUCCACUCAGAAUGAAGUCGCAGCUGCCCUGGCAGAGGGAGGUUUCAGCGUAUUUGCAUGGAAGGGUGAGUCAGAAGACGACUUCUGGUGGUGCAUUGAUCGCUGUGUCAACGUGGAAGGCUGGCAACCCAACAUGAUCCUGGAUGACGGCGGAGACCUGACCCACUGGAUCUACAAAAAAUACCCCAACAUGUUCAAGAAGAUCAAGGGCAUCGUGGAGGAGAGUGUUACUGGUGUGCACAGGUUGUAUCAGCUGUCCAAAGCAGGGAAGCUGUGUGUCCCUGCCAUGAACGUCAACGACUCUGUAACCAAGCAGAAGUUUGACAACCUCUACUGCUGCAGGGAGUCCAUUUUAGACGGCCUAAAGAGGACCACUGAUGUGAUGUUUGGGGGCAAACAGGUGGUGGUGUGUGGAUAUGGAGAGGUGGGAAAAGGCUGCUGUGCUGCCCUCAAAGCCAUGGGCUCUAUCGUCUACGUCACAGAGAUCGACCCCAUCUGUGCCUUGCAGGCCUGCAUGGACGGCUUCCGCCUGGUGAAGCUCAAUGAAGUCAUCAGACAAGUGGAUAUCGUCAUCACCUGCACAGGCAACAAAAAUGUGGUGGUGAGAGAGUACCUCGACCGCAUGAAGAACGGCUGCAUCGUCUGCAACAUGGGCCACUCCAACACUGAGAUCGAUGUGGCCAGCCUGCGCACUCCUGAACUGACCUGGGAGAGGGUGCGCUCUCAGGUGGACCACGUCAUCUGGCCCGAUGGCAAGAGGAUAGUCCUGCUGGCGGAGGGCCGUCUGCUGAACCUCAGCUGUUCCACCGUACCCACUUUUGUGCUCUCCAUCACCGCCACCACCCAGGCUCUGGCUUUGAUAGAACUGUACAAUGCCCCCGAGGGACGCUACAAACAGGAUGUUUACCUGCUGCCCAAGAAGAUGGAUGAGUACGUGGCCAGCCUUCACCUCCCCACGUUCGACGCACAUCUGACAGAACUGUCUGACGAGCAGGCCAAGUAUCUGGGCUUGAAUAAGAACGGGCCGUUUAAGCCCAACUACUACAGGUAUUAGACCAGCAGAGGGAUGAAAUACCAGUCUGAAAAUGUUCACGAAUGGCACAGACUCAGAGGGUGAAGAGAAGGACAAGGAGGACGAAUGGACAGAAGGGGUCAAGACACCUGCUUUAUAUUGGGGGGGGGGGGCUGUGAGCGACCCUGAGGGGCUGAGGGAUGGGGCUUUCCCCUUUUGCCUGUGGCAGCCAUUUUAUUUCCAUACGCUCGACACCAGUAACAUUUCCUGUAACUCUCGACUCUGCGGAGCCUCCGCCACUAGCUAGCUCCCCAGCGGCCCUCGAUCCCACAGGAGGCUUGACGUCAUUCCACCACUAUUGCAGUAUCGCUUUCUCUUUAGAUGCCCAUGUGUGUGUCAAGCCGCAUGUAAAUGCUCCAUCCUCCCCUUUCCAUUGCCAGACCUUUUUAUUGUUAAACUAUUAAAAGCAAAAUGAUUAACUCUACUAAGACAUGGUAUAUAAAACAACUUGAUUUAAAAAAAAAAGACGACAACAAUGAUUACCUUUUUUCUACUUGUGAUUGAGCUUUUGUUCUCUCUUGUGCGAGGGUGGGGGAGGGUUAGGUGGGAUCUCAGGGUCCAAUCAUAUCAUAUUAUUUGAUCGUUUCAUUGCGAUUCACCGCUGUGUCUGUUUUUAAGCAUUUUUUAUGACGUAUUCUGUCCUUUUGCAUCAGCCUGUACUUGGUCACAGCUUGUUUCGUUCUUUCUUUCUGGGGGUGGCGAGACUGGACCGUGACGGGCUCUUCCUGCCCGUCGCUUCAGCCGUCUCACUGGCUGCCUCGUUUUCGAUUUCCGGGUGCUCACGCGACGCCAGUGUUGAAGUAACAAGUAUUUAUUUCAGGCUAGUGCGAGCCGACCGGUUUCUUUUCCUUUACCAAUCAUCAUACUGUAUUAGAAGCCCGUCAGGCUGUCGGAGGGGUUAUACUGUAUAUUUUAGAUAUUUAUAUAGAAACAGAUUUGUUUUCCUUUUGCUCUAUCUAAUAUUGUGAUUUUUGGGAAAUAUACAUAUGUCAUCAAGAUGAUGCUAAUGAUAUGUGUAAUAAAUGUACUCAAACCCAGAUUUUUAAUACUGUGGCAAAAUACUUGCAGAGAAACCAAACGUGCAGUACUGUCCAGUACUUAUACAGAUUUCCUUAAUCAGGUCCUCACUGAGAAGUAUGGUGCUGUUUACAUUUACUGUACUCACUAUAUACACAACACAACUCUUUGGUACCGACAGAGUCGAGGGGUUCGGGCUCAAACCUGAAAUCUGUUUUAAUGUAUUACCUUUUUAUCCAAGACUCACAUUUACUAUACGCCUUUUUAACGCCUUUUCCACCUGAGAGGCUUAAAUCCCUCCGCUGUAAUGGAACUGCUCGGCCGUCCCCGGCUGACCGGCGGAGGGGAAAUUAGAAAGGACUGAUGGUCAUUUCACUUGGCAGCCGAGUGCACCCCCGUAGCUGCUCCACCUGUGCCCCUGAACCAAUGAGUUUGUCUGCCAGCUCUGCUGUGAGAGCAGCGAGUCCUGCAAUUCACUGUACUGGAUAUGAAAAACCAAACGGCGUCAUUUCACCACACUUGAACUAAUUGAGCACUUGGUCGAUUUGAGUAAAUGGUCUCCAGUACAUUAUAUAUUAUUAUAUUGACUAGAAUAGACUCAAAAUGAAGGAUGUCGGGUUAAAAUUCGCUCUAACCUCAUUUAGGUACUAUAUUGACCUGCGAGUCAAUAUCUCACUCUGCAGAUUAUCAACAACUGAUCUCGUGUCCCAAAACGUCCAGGUCCUGUUCCACAGUUUACAUAAAUCCACGCACACCCGGUGUGAUGCCCCAUGUAGUGAGCAGGUCCGUACUGUGUCGCAGCACAUCCAGCUUCGUUGUCGCGUCCCCUCGUGCUGUUGAGGGUCCACUGUCGUUGUAGCGUGACCUGUUGUCGGUGUGGUUUUCAAACCCGUUGUCUUAACUUUUGAUUUUCCUCUUUUCUUCUUCUUCUUCUUUCUAAGCGAGUGGCUGUUAAGGAGCGAGUGACCUCUACCUCAGAGGUGAUUAUCAGUGGUGUGCGUAUGUGUGUAAGUGUCGUCCGUGUUUGUGGGCUGUGGUUGCUUUGUGGACGGCUGCCUCAGGAUCCUAGCCUGCGCGUUAGGGGGAUGACACCUUUUGUUUUCUCAUGUCGUCAGCCGUGAGCUGACCUACACGUGGGAGGGAGGGGGAAGACACCAGCAUCAUAUAUGUAUAUACGUACGAUAUACACAUAUGACAACCUUUAAAAGUAUAGGAAGUCAAGAAAAAAAAGAAUCAACUUCUUUGUGAUGUUGUAAAUCCUCACGCUUCAAAACUGGCAAAACUCUCAAACAUGUUGAAGUUGUCUAAUAAGGUUUUCUGUUUAUGUUUCAACAUUGCAAGUGAUAAUGGUAGAUGAGCAAUAAUAAACAUUCUGUAAUCUAAAUAAAGAUGUAAAAGUGA